GUCGCUGCUGUCGCUUCUGCUCCCGGGAACCAAAUAAGGAAAUGACGUGCAGACGUGCGUGUUCUCAAAUAGACAACCAUAGACUGCAUAUAUGGUCUAUGUAGACAACUGAGACCGACACCGGGUUUGUGAGAGGUAGAGGAGGGUGUGGGGCCUGUCGCUGACACGAUACGAGGAUGGGUGACACAACAGAAAUUGAGACAAGAUUCUACUCCAAUGCAGAGGACUACUGGAGGGAGGUCCCCCCCACAGUGGAUGGCAUGCUGGGAGGCUACGGCAGCAUCUCCAGCAUCGACAUCAACGGAUCCAAAGCUUUCCUGCAGAGGUUUCUCGAUGAAGGGGAAGGGAAGACGAGCACAGAUUGUGCUCUGGACUGUGGAGCGGGCAUUGGGAGGAUCACCAAACGGUUACUGCUGCCUCUGUUCAAGACCGUAGACCUAGUGGACGUGACGCAGGAGUUUCUGGACAAAGCCAAGACAUACCUGGGCGAGGAGGGCAACAGAGUGGGGAGGUACCUUUGCAGCGGCCUGCAGGACUUUGUGCCAGAGAGUGGACGCUAUGAUGUCAUCUGGAUCCAGUGGGUCAUUGGCCACCUGACAGACGACCACCUGGUGGACUUCCUGCGGCGUUGCCAGAAAGCCCUGCGGCCGAACGGCCUCGUCAUCAUCAAGGACAAUGUGGCGUACGAGGGCGUGGUCCCCGACGAGGUGGACAGCAGCGUCUGCCGCGACCUGGACAUAGUUCACAGUCUGGUGGGCAGAGCGGGCCUCCGCAUCGUCCACGAGGAGCAACAGAUUAACUUCCCCAAGGAGAUCUACCAAGUCCACACACUGGCUCUCAGAUAGGACGGCUUCCCCCUCCCCGGGACAGAGGGGGGGCUCGCACAGACAGGAUUUCUAAUGGGGAAAUUAUGUUUUUCUAGUUGGCUUAAAGUGACGGUUCAGAGUAAUCUCACCCUAGGGUCCUUUGCACCACAACCUCAAGCCAAACACCCCCCAGUGGCUUUUUCCACCUACAUCAAACAUUGGGUGAGUUAGCGUUAUUAGCUGGUUAGCUUAGUCCCGGCGCUAAUGGAACCAAGGGUGUAUCUGGUGAAUUACCCCACUAAUAAUGCCCCAAAUGAUACCAAACUUCUACAGUAGUACAAAUAGGUUAUGUACUCAUAAAAUGAUGGAUUGGGAAGUUCAUAAGUACACCAGGAGUUUAUUUAAAUACCACUUGCCUGCUGGCUUGUGCUCCCUAGGGUGAGGUUACUGCUUUCCUUUACCGUUUAUCACUUUACUGUCUGUUUGGAAAUGAUAUGCAGUGCCAUGUGUUUGUGGAACGUGUGUUGCUAACUCCAUGGAUCAGUCUCCUGUUGGACUCUCACUGCCUAGUCAUCUCUUUCUGGGCUACCAGGCUUAAAGAUUUAGUGCGUCACCUUUUCAUUUUAAAGAACGUCCGUUGCAUCCAAGCCAUUGCCAAAUGAGUUGCGUGGGGGGGUGCGCGUGCAGUCACUGAAAGCUUGUAUCAUGUGGUCAUUUCAAAUUUGGUUGUCAUUACUUAGAAUUCCUCAUGGGGGAGACAGAAGCUACACACUAUAGCUGUAAGGCUACAUUACACUGAAUAUUUGCUCAGUCUCCCAUCUGAGAGACAACUCCUGUCAUGUUUCCUGUGUCAGGUUAAAGUUUGGCUGUGUGGACACGCUCUGAUGCAUGGAAAUACAGGGACCAUUGUCCACGUGCUGUGCCAUCACCAGACUACAGCAUCACUAUUACCACGCUAGUUUGUAGUUUAGCAUCGUUGUGCUCCAUAUUUAUUUAUUACCCGUUUAUUAAGAGUAUGUUUAGUUAUGAAAUUAACAGACGUUUCUGAUUCCAGCUUGUUUGCGGUUUCAUUGAACAGAAAGCCAAAGUGACCUCACUCUCACCCAGUGUCCUCUGGAUUCAGCUGCAUCCCAAUCUGGCUCCCUCUGGAAGCGGAGCAUCUUCAAGCAGUCUAUUCUUAACAGGACACAUGUCCAAUGGUGUUGAGUAUUUUAUGGAUAUUUUUUUAUGUUUGAAGGUCAAUGUGGCUACAGACUGUGUGGCUGUUUUAAUUACAGAUUUGCCCGUCCACUCUCUUUUGACAAUAUCAAAGAGUCCUUUGAUAUUGUCCAUACUUAGUUUGAUCUGAUACUAAUAUUUACAUAAAUGUUGAUUAAAUGUUGCUGACAAAUUGGAAUAAUGAGAAGCUUUUAC